GUUGGGAAUCUCUCCGAAGAGACAACCUCUGGACCAGUGGCACCCCCACCAACUCUGUCAAGUUAUGCUGAAGAUGUGGAUUUUUCAGGACAUCAUCUCUUAGAAGGAUCUGUGGUCCCCACUGAAGUCACGGAAGUCACAGAGCAAGGUGUAACCACUACGAUGCCUGCAAAUCAAACACUCCCCCACACAACUCAACAGGAGAGCGAAACCACCACGAUAGCCCAGGAAAUAUUAACAACGGAGGCCGGACCUCACACUGGAGUUCCCCAAGGAGCACCUUUUGAAAAGGGUCAAAAAGGUGAAAAAGGUCAAAGGGGAGAGGAAGGACCGCCCGGACCCCCUGGAACAGCAGGACCGGAAGAAGGGCAGCCUGGGACUCGCGGACCCCCUGGAAAGCCCGGCCAGGAUGGCAAACCUGGAAUUCCUGGAAAAGAUGGGUUACGGGGUGAACCAGGAGCUCAUGGUGCACCAGGCCAGAAAGGAGAACCAGGCCCUAAAGGAGAAAAGGGAGAUGUCGGGACUGGUUUGCCAGGAAUCCCCGGGCUUCCAGGGCCACCUGGACCAUCGGUUCCAUCCCGGGGAUUUAAAAGGAUCGAAAUGGAGGGGUCUGGCUCUGGAUCUGGCGAUUUUGACAAAGACAUCGAACUUCCGAGA